CUCAAACAACGUCACUCACUCUCUUUUCCUCCAACAACACCACCACCCAUCACCACCAUGACUCGGUACACCACCGAACAUAUCUUCCCCCUUGGGAGUUUGCGUCAUUUCAUGUGUUGACCCGUUGAGGUCUCGUCGCUCGUUAUUACUUUGAUUUCUUUUUUUUCUCGUUCAACCGGCACGCCCCCUCCAGCCUAUCCUGUCCCGCCGAUCCCCUCUCACUUUGACUACCCGAGUCGACUCUUCCGAGUGCUCUGUCAUGAUGGACGAUCUCGACCUACCUCCUAUCCCUCAGUCCGCGUUGAUAGCAGCUCAGACGCCCCCCCGCCCUCGCCAGUCGCUCCUCUUUACUGCCCGCAAGCGAGCACGCGCCGCCGAGGUCUACGACGAGCCUACCGUGCCGGCGACGUCGAGCGACCCGGCCCUCUUCUCCAGUGACGAACAGGCGCCCGGCGCCGAAAACUACACCGACCGUCGACGCAAGAAACGCACCUUCCAGGGAUCAUGGUGGGAUCGGCACCCCGCCCGAGAGGGACGCCGGAAGAGCACGCGACAGAAGCGUGAAUUCACGCGCAACUUUGACUCGGGCAUCUUCAUGGGGAGCCAAGAUGAGAGUGGCGAGGAUCAUGAUUUGUCGUUGUCCAGUGACUCGUUCACUUUGGAGGACGAGUUGAUGAGGGAUCAGUCCCGUGGGUACGAAGCCGAACACGCAGACGACAACAACAACACGAUGACAAGGCAGAAGAGGCCGCCAUUCAGAUCAUGGGCACAAGAGAAUCUAGCCGGGGACCACUGUAGAGGUCAAGAUGAUUUCCAACCCACAACCGACAGCGUCAGCCCCAAGACGAGAACACUACUCAAGGUCACGCCUCUGGAACCCAUGUCAAAGGAGCAUCGCGAGGUACUCGAGAUUGUUCAUCAGUGUCUCGAUAUGGGAAAGGAGGACGUGGAUCUGUCGGGAAGAUCUUUAGAUUCCUUGCCUGAAGAAAUCACUUCUCUCCAGACCUUGGCCAAGCAAGAUGAGAUUGUUCCGGGCAUGCUCGAUACAGGCACAGACCUUGAGCCUCGGCUUCGCCUCUACCUGGCGAAUAAUCUCUUUACAAAGUUUCCAGCCCCGGUAUUAGAGCUUCAGAAUCUUCAGCUAUUGUCGCUGCGAAACAACAAUUUAACAUCCAUCCCUGCUGGAAUCCGGGACCUCGUCAACCUAGAAACUUUGAACAUUGCGGGAAAUCAGCUGACCGAGUUGCCUUUUGAAAUUGUCGUUCUGGCGAUGAGCCACAAAUUGACCAGAUUGAUUUCGGCAGGGAACCCUUGGAAGCCGAAACCGUUUAGCUCCUGUGAUUAUCAGCGAGAGAUCCAAGUGCCGGAGUCGAAGUCGAAGUUCGGCAUGCCUCGAAAGACGGAAAUGAACGAGGCGUCUGGGGUGCCAUGCCUCAGUGAGACCGUACUUCGACGACUCGCCAAACUUGAUCCAAAGCAAAAGAUUGACUUUCGAGGUCUCAUGCCAGAAGGAACGUCGGAGAUGGUUCUUGAUCAAUUGGAUCUACUGACGAAGAAGCCGAAUCGCCAAUGUGGAUUUUGCGGGAGACUUAUCGUGAUGGCGGCGACUGAGAGACUUGAAUGGUUCGCUCUGUGGCUUGACUCGCCACCUUUGCCGUAUCGAAGGCUCGAGUGCGCAGAUGGAUGUCACAAGAAAAACCAGGGGGUCCUUUGAGAGACGAAGAAUAUCUGGGCGAUUCAGAUACAAACUGGAAAAUUAGAAAGAGCAUGCGGCAGCAAAGCGUGUAACACAGAAUCCACUUUGGUAUGUUCAGUGACGGACCAACUCGAGAUUCGGAAAGCGUUUGCUGGGGUCAUUGGAUAAAGAAGAUGGAAUUCUAUACGAGCGAGGAGCCUGAGUGCAUUAUGCAUGCCCGAGGUAUGGUCGAGUGCGAAUACGGAGCCUUUUGAUACACGACAGACUAACGUGUCAAUGAGUGCGAGUUGGAUGACUUUAUUUCAAAGAAAAGAAGAAGAAGAAGAAGAAGGGAACGGGCGAUGAUGAACAAGGAGAUUGGAUCAGGUCCAGCACAGCACAGUAUGUCCACUGACUUCAUUACGCUGCCAUGUCUACACCCUACCAUAAGUACUCCUUCCCUAAGGUAGCAAAGUAGGUGUGUUCAAAUUUCGAGCAGUAAGAAGAAGAGAGUAGUAGCUCAUGAUGGUUGGAUUCCCCACACAUAUCAGAUGGUGUAGCUAGGAUAUUCAAGGGGGCUAUUUUUUUUCUCUUUUUGUCUUUUCAUUCUUUUGUUG